AUGGCUAUAAUGGUAGGUGUUAUUGGGCCUAUACAGCUUUUGUGCAAAAUAGUUUAUAUUAACAAUCCUAGUCAAAGAGAAGCAGCUGCUAUAAAAGUAAUUACAAAAUUUCCGAUAAUUGCGACAGUAGCUUAUUGCACUAUUUACGAACUUCCUAUAAUUUAUCUACAGAGGAAGUAUAACUUGUCGAAAGCUUUUUGUAUGUGCGAUAUUAGAAGCUUAUUAACUUAUCAGCACUUAUCGAGAGCCCUCUGUAAUUCUCAAAGGACUAUCCAUCCCAACGCCUCUUUUGCCUGUCGCCAGUUCGUGCAUGAUCUUGCAAAGAAUUCCUGCACUCGCCACCUGUGGUUGUAACAGUCAUGCCAUCAUGCUAUAUUCCAGCAAAAGUCUCGGUCAAAAUGGAAAUCUGAAGCCCAAGGAGUCAACGCCUAAAUCUGGAAGAAGCUUGCUUUCGGCUAGCCCGACAUUGCACUUCAUCAAACCUGGAAAAAGCCGGCGGAUGGACUUCCAAAAGUAUCCUACCUUCCUUGAGGUCCCUGCGCAUCUUAUGAGAUGCUAGCUAUGAAUUUAAGAGAAUGAUUGGUUCCCUAACCAUUUUAAUACAUAUGUGAUAUUAGGAGCUAUUGGAAUACCAAGAGCAAUGUUUACUUUUUUUUCAUAAGGGCUGUAAGAUUAAUUUCGCAAUGGAAUGAAAUGAUGAGUGAGGCAGUUAAAGCCAAGAAAGCUUUAUAUCGGGAAAAUUAA